AUGUGUGACUACGACGAGUUCAGCUUCACCUGCGGUCACUACGUGAUCCGCCGCAAGUCCUACUGCCAUUUUGCCCGCAAUCACCCCACGCACGGUUGCAGGAGCGUCAAGAAGCUUCGGAACAUCUGGGAACAGGGCCGGCCUUGCGAUGAGUGCAUACAGAGG